AAAGUUUGUAUCUUUAUUCCUUAGGUACCUAUACAUGUUCAUUGCAAGAAUUUGGUGAAAUUGAUAGAGAUCAGGAGUGGGUGUUGUAAGGAGUGAUGAAUGUAGCAAUGGGGGAAGGGGCGACAGGUACGCCCUCAUCUCCUCAUGCACCCAGUGACUCUCCCCCUCCCAGGGUCCAUAGCCCCAAAAGGCCUCACAGUGCUGGAAGUGAUCGGGAAAAGGAGGAGCGAGCAAGACAGCUGCGAGAAAGGGAGGAGAAGGUGAGGCAGUUACGUGAGAAGCAAGAUGAGGAACGGAGGAAAAAGUUGGAAGAGUUAAGGCUUCAUGCUGAAGCUGCUGAGAAGUUCCGAGAACAACAGGCUGAAGAACGCCGUCGCCACAUAGAUGAAUUACGAUCCAAGGAAAUUGAGCGGCGACACGCAGUUGAGGAGAGGAGGCGUUAUCUCUUAGAGCAGGAGAAGGAACGCAAGGAGGCAAUCAUGAAGCGGAACCAGGAGCGGGAUGUACGGCUGGAAUCAAAGCGCCGCAAUGAACAGAGUAGCAUAGUGUUUGCAUUUGGGAGUUCUACCCCACGACUGGCAAGUGCCACAGCCACAUCUCGGGACCUUCCCCUUUGUGGUGCCCGGCGCUCUUCCUCCACCUUCAACAUGGACUCUCCAGAUGGCUCUGGGGACAAACGUCGGGCUGCUAGUGCCCAUCCAUUUGAACGGAAAUCUGGAGACUCAAUGACUCAGUCCAUGGUGUGUCUGAGCGCUUCAAGAGGCCGGCGGAAGACAGACCUCAUCCCAACAUUGCCAUCACCUUCCACAACCUCACCUCGGUUGGCCAAGACCCCCACACCAGAGUCUACUCAAGCACCGACAUCUCAGACGAAGAAGGCAGUGUCCAUGUCCCGCCUGGAUGUCCUAGCUCGCCCUCGCCGUCGGCCGGGCUCAGCUCAGCCAGGCCAGGAUCAAUUGCAGUCUGGGGAGCUGACCCCCAGCAAGAGCACAGGAAACCUGAGUCCUCGUCAGGGUUCUUUGUCAGCUCCUCGGCUCACAAGGGCUGAGCGCCUGCGGCAGAGGGCUCGGCUGAAGCGGGAAGAGAGUGAGAGGAGACAGCAUGAAGAUGGCAUUGUGAGUGGGAUGACAAGCCCAUCAACACCAUCAAGACCCCAGUCAGCCAUGAGCUCCGCAUCUGCAAAUCAAUCGCAGAGUGGUGGAGUGAAGAUGAGACCUCGACCAACUUCUGCAACGAGGAAGCCUCGACCAGUCUCAGUUGCUGGCUCCAUGCCUUCACGGGACCUUCAGAAGGAGAAAGUUGGUGUGGGGAAGCAAAAGAGUGCUGAAGAAGUGGAGAUACCCAAGGAGGAUACCAAGAAGGAAGGGUUGAAGCGCCCUCAUACUUAUAUGAAGAAGGUUGAUGUGGGAAAGGAGAAGCCAGUGAACAAGGAUGCUCGAGUUAAGUCUAAGAAGGCACAGGAGAAGGCAGCCUUGUCUCCGGAGACACAUGAAGUAAAGAUGGUGGAAAAGGUACCGGAGGCUGAGAAGUUGGAGAUCAAGGGAGAAGAUGAUGAGACAAGAGGAGAGAGGAAGGCUGAGGAGAAAGUAGAAACUUGCAUAGCCUCUGCAUCUGAGGAUUUGCUUCCUAUCAAUGGAGAAAUCAAUGAGGACUCAGGAGAGAAGAAGGAAAUAGGAGAUCCUGCUACCAGUAUAGGAGGAAAAGGGAGGAUCACAACAGAGGAGGAAGCUAAAGCAGCUGUGGCAGAGAAGCGAAGGCAGGCGCAGGAGGAGCGAAAGAGGAGGGAGGAGGAAGAACGUCUGGCUGAGGAAGAACGGAUUCGGCAAGAGGAAGAAGAGAGGAGAAGGUGGGAGGAGGAGCAGGAAAGGCUAAUCGAGGAGGCUAGGCGGGCUGAGGAGGAACGGCUCCAGAGGGCUAUUGAAGAGGCACAGCGGAAGGGGGAAGAGGAGCAAAAGAGGCGGGAGGAAGAAGCUCGGCUGAAGGCAGAGAAAGAAGAGGCAGAGAGGCGGGCACGAGAAGAGAAAGAGCGUCGAAUGCAAGAGCUGGAGGAACAGCGGAAAAGGGAGGAGGAGGAGCGGCUGGCCCGCAAGAAGAAGCUGGAGGCGAUCAUGAGCCGCACCCGUAAGGGAGGUGGUGGACCAUCCUCCUCUAGCCCUACCCCAUCUCCAUCUCAAAGUGGGGUUGCCCUCUCCUCCCUCGACUCCCAAGAAAGUGGGAAGGAUGUGUCUUCCUCACUUUUCAAUGGUGCUCCCACUUCUCUCAGGGAAGAGGACCAGAAUGUGAAGAAUGGUGGAGGUGCUGAAAGUCCAUCAACCAUGAAGAAUGGAGGACUGGAAGAUGGAGAGAAGUCAUCAGAGGAAAAUAAUGCCAUGCUUCUACCGCUCAUUCAUCCCCUAGAUGCAAAACAAAAGCUCAUGCCUUCUGGUCAGCCUUUCUUUGAUAGCCCAUCAAGCUAG